GUAGAAAAAUUUCUACUAAGGAAUAAACUGCGCGAGGCAGAGGGCAACUAUACAUAUAUCUGCGAUAAAUCACGAAUCAAGGUUGGUGAACAAUGCAGUUUGGUAAAACAUAUCCGAUUGGGUAUUAAACGUGAAGUCGAGUCAAUACGUUCGUAUCGAGCGGAGGCGGAGAGUCGUCAUGAGUGUCAUGACUGUGUGGCCAGUCAUGUAGCUGAAUUCUCUCGAAUCGAUUUGUGAAUCGGUACCGCUAAUACGGUAUAUGACAGUUGGAGAAUAGUGACAGCGCGCGUAGGCAACGUCACCUAUCGCGUUCGUUAUGAAAAUGACAUCGACAUUAGCUCCCGAAGUCAACGGCGAUGGCAGGAUCCGCCGAUUGAAUCAGCAUAUCGCUGCCUUCGUAACAUCUCUCGGCGGUUUCGCUCUCGGUGUCACGCUCGGAUGGAACUCGAGCGUCGGGGAGAUCCUUCGGAACAUCUUGAACGCUAGUAGCACCGAGAUCGGCCUUGUCGGUGGUAUUUUGAAUGCCGGUGCUUGUGUCGGCGUAAUGUUUAUGCCUCUUUUCAUGAAGUAUCUCGGCCGUGUCACACUCAUGUCCUUGACUGUACCAGGAUUCGUCGUCGGAUGGACGUUCGUUUGCUGUGCCGGCCAAAAAAUUUCGCUCCUCAUAAUUGGUCGAUUUAUAUGUGGCAUGAGCGGUGGAGCGUUCUGCAUUCUGACGCCACUUUACGUCGCGGAAAUCGCAGACCAGAAUUCGCGGGGGCGACUUCUAAUGUACUUUCAUCUUUUAAUCAACUGCGGAAUUAUGUAUGCCUUUGUAACUGCGCACGUAUUAAACGAACACGAUGCUACAUGGAGGUAUAAUUUCACCUGUGCCGUGACAUGCCUUGCGGUUGCUCUGGUAAAUCUGUUGCCUGAAAGUCCUUUCUAUCAUCUUAUGAAGAAUAACGAAAUAAAGGCGAAGAAUUCUCUAAAAUGGUACCGUGGUAACAUUUGUCAAGACGUUGAAAUGGAGGAACUGAAAUAUCUCGUGAAUCAUUCGGGAAAGGUUACAAUAAACGUUCUGAAAAACCGACGCGUUGCAAGUUCCUUCUUUGCAUGCCUCUUCGCGUUUCUGACCCAACAAUUAAGCGGAGUUAACAUUAUGAUUUUUUACGCAUUGACGCUCUUCAACGUUGGCGGAUCGGGCGACCUUACCGCAAGCGAACAGACCGUCCUCAUUGGUGGGGUGCAAAUACUGUCUUGUUUCUUAGCUAUGGGUCUGACGGACGUAAUCGGACGUCGAAAGCUACUAAUUGCAUCCUCGAUACUUAUGGGAUUGUUCCUGAUAUUGUUAGGAUGGUUUUACGAACUUAGAGAUCAAGAUCCGGAGUACGACGAUAUCUACUUUUGGAUGCCGCCGACUUGGACGAUCCUCUUUUUUGCCGCUUUCAACGCCGGCGUCGGGCCGAUCUCGUGGGCGCUGUUGGGCGAUGCUUUUCCCAUGCAAAUCAGAGAGACUGCCGUUGCAUGUGUGACCGCUUUCAAUUGGCUGCUAUCUCUGAUAGCGACGAUGACCUUCGGGGAGAUGUUGGAUACCCUCGGUGUCCCGAAGACUAUGUGGCUCUUUGCUAGCUUUUGCUGGAUAGCUGGAGCCCUUUGCGCCAUACUUUUGAAAGACACUCGCGGCCACAGCUUGGUUAAAAUACAAAACAGCUUUGGUAUCGAAGAUGAGCAAGUAGAAAUGAACGGUAUAGAACAAACCUGAGACAUCGGAUGA